AUGUCAGACUCAGAGGAGGAGAAAACAACAACCGAACCAACAUCAAGACUAAGAACGACCAGGAACGUUACCGUGGCGUUCAAAUUGAGCGGGAGGAACUACCCAUUGUGGUCACGACUGAUGAAGGUCGCGAUAGGGAGUAGAAGGGGAUUCUCCCAUAUCACUGACGAACCGCCCGAACCAGAUAGCAAGGGAUACCACGAGUGGGAGGAGACUGUUCUCGUGGUUUUCUCAUGGAUCGUCGACAAUAUCGAAACCGAUAUUCUCGCUGAUUUUGCCCAUCACCAGACAUCCAAAGCGCUGUGGGACAACUUACAGAUCACCUUCGAGAGCAAGGCUGAUCCGUACCUCAUAUAUGACCUGGAAGACAAGGUAAUCUCAAUUAGACAAGGGGAUAUGGAUCUCGAAACGUAUUACCGUCGAAUCCACGGUUUGUGGGUAAGUGUCGACGAAACCCAAAAAUCGCCGGUGACGUGCUGUGAUAAAGGAGUUAGGCAGUUCCGGCAAUUUUCAAGUGAAAAGCGAUUGAUUAAAUUUCUCACUGGAUUGAAUGGGGAAUUCGACGGGAUCCGGCGAGACAUACUCAAACUGGAACCAUACCCCUCAGUCGAAGAAGCCUAUGUGUAUGUGAAGAGGGAAGCGGCUCGACGGAAGAUCAUGCCACCGGCAUCCUCUUCACUCACCGGAGACCCCUCUAGCGCGAGAAGCGCCGAUGCAUCAUCGGGGGAGAUAGGAUACGGAUUCGGAGCACAAAAAGACCGGCCGAAUAACCGGAAUGGACCGCGACCGCCACCUGCCGGAGGCGCCAGCCACCAAACCAGAACAAAACCAGACAAGAGUAAGCUAUGGUGCUCCCACUGUGGGAAGAACAAACACACAAGGGAGAAUUGCUUCCUACGGGUGGGAUACCCGGAAUGGUGGGACGAGAGGCAGAGGGCACGGGCUCAGGCGAAGUUCGCCGCCGCCAACAUCGCAGAGACGGGAUAG